AUGGAGCACUGGGGGGCCCCCCUGCAAGUCCCCACCAUCAUCGUGGACCCCCAGCAGCCUGUGUAUGUCCCGGGGGAGCGUCUCACACUCAGAUGCUUGGCCCCUGGCGGGGAGGCAGUGACUAGCUACCAGUUCUACAAUCAGCGUGGGGAGCGGGUCCACACGGAAACCACCGGCCUGUCUGUGGGGCCCUGGCUGGUCCUGACGGCCGAGAUGGGGAAGGUCGGGGCGUACAGCUGUGAGUACUGGGCAGUGAGAGAUGGACAGACCAUCUACGCUGCACGCAGCCAGCCUGUCUGGAUAUCAGUGAUGGAUUUCCCUCUUGCUCCGUCCAUCUCUGAGAUUUCUUUACCCCCCGGGAAGAGCCCUGUUACCAUCGAAUGCUCGGCCCCUCCGGGACACGUGGCUACAAGGUACCAGUUCCUGAGGCAGGGGAAUCUCAUUGUCUCACAGCCGGGUGCCCGUCUCCAGCUCCGUCAGUCUGAUUUGGACGCUACCGGCCCUUACACCUGCAGCUAUGAGAUCAGUGUCUCAGGGAGAAUGAUCCAGUCACUGCCGAGUGCCCCCCUCUCAAUCCAUCUGACAGGGCCUUCCGUGCUCCCGGAAACCUUUCGGCCAACGCUGCGGCUGUCCCCAACGGGCCCUGAGUUCACCACCGGAGAUUCUGUUACCCUGAUGUGCUCAGCUCCCAGCUGGGAGAAGAAGAUGGGGUUCUGCUUCCUCAAGGCUGGGGAACAAGUGGCAUGCACAAAACAGGACUCUCAGAGUUACCAGAUUGGAAGACUCGGUAUGGAGGAUUCUGGCUCGUACACCUGUAUGUACUGGGUAGCCGAACCUGGGCAGGAGACCUCCUCCCUAGAGAGCCAGCCCAUCUCCAUCACAGUCACAGGUGUCCCACUCCCCCCGCCAGCCCCCCAAAUCAUUCUGGACCCCCCGAAACGCAUCUAUUUUCAAGGGGAACAUGUCAAGCUCACCUGCUCAGUUCCUGGCAGUGAGCAGGUGAGGGGAUACAGAUUCUACCAUCAAAUCGGGGAGCAGAUCUCCGAGCUGGAUGAGGGGGCUUGGCUGGAGCGCACAGCUAUGACUGGGAAUGCUGGGGCAUACUCCUGUGCCUAUUGGAUAAUCCGAUCUGAGCAAGUGAUCCUGUCAGGGAAGAGUGAAUCUGUCUCCAUCACUGUGACUGCUCCUCCUCUGGCCCCCAAACUCUCUCUGCAUCCCAAGCUCCCUGUGUACCUGCCCGGGGAGAAGGUCACCCUCAACUGCUCAGCCCCCCGUGGCCAGGAGGUGGCGGGGUUCAGGUUCCACCUGCACAGAGGGAAUCAGACCCCGGAAAAGCUGCCAGCUGCCAGCGGGGGGGCCCAGAUGGAGCUCACAGCACAGAGGGGGAAUGACGGCUCCUACACCUGUCAGUACUGGAGAUGGGAGGCCAGGCAGGAGAUUGCAUCUGAGAACAGUAACAGGAUCACUGUACCAGUGUCAGAUCCCCCCGGGAAGCCCUCGGUGUCCCUGUCUCCGGACUAUUCGGCCUACGUGGCUGGAGACAGGGUGGAAAUUAACUGCUCGGCUCCUUCUGGUGCCUCCCCGGUGAAAUACAGGCUCUACGAGAAUGGGAAGCCACUAGGAUCCCUGUUGGGAAACACUUCAUCUUGGCAGAAGGAUCUUCAAGCCACUGGCACUAGAAAUGCCACCCGGUCCUUCGCCUGCACCUACGUGGAGCUGAUCCAGGGGAGGAAAGUGCCCUCCUACGCCAGCGACCCCGUCUCCAUCUCCGUGUUCCCGGCGCUGGCUGCCCCGUCCCUGCAGCUCAUCCCGCCCCUCCUGCUCUAUGUGACGGGCGAGACGGUGACAGCCGAGUGCGUUGUCCCGGCUGGGCCCUACAUCCUGCGGGCCCACUUGGUGCUGAGAGACGGGGAGACACUUCGAGAACAACUGGGGCCCCAGUUCCCCCUGAAUGUCACCCCCAGCGACAGCGGGACCUACCAGUGCCGGUACAGCUCAGAGCUCCACAGACGCCACCUCCGCUCACCCCCCAGCGAGCCGGUGCCACUGAGCGUGACUGAUCCCCCUCCCCAGCCACAGCUGAGUGUGGAUCCCCCGUCCGGAGUGGUGAGCGAAGGGCUCCCCCUGCUCAUCAUCUGCACGGCCCCCGGGAACAGCAGUGAGAGGAGGUUUCACUUCUACAACGAUGGAGCCGAGAUCCCCCCUGGGGACACAGGGUCUGAGAUCAGCACCAUGGAGCCCGGCACCAGCUUUAUGAACUCUGUACUCAGCAUCCUGCGAGCCGGUCCCAGCAACACUGGGCAAUUCAGCUGCGGGUACGAGGUGAACAUGAGCGGCAGGUGGAUCCCAUCCCCCCAGAGCCAGGCUUUGAACGUCACUGUGACAGCCUGGUCUCUGCCCGUCCCCCUGGUGGCUGGGUGCGGUGGGGCUGCCACGGCUCUGGCUCUGCUGCUGCUGCUCAUCCCCCUCUGCAGGAAGAAGACGGCAGCUAGCUGCCGGCUCCCCACGUCCUACUGGAAGAGCCAGGAGCUGCGCCGGUCGCGGAUGAGACGGUCGUCCGACAACUCCGGGGUCAAUAUGUGUGGUGUCGUGGCAGAGACACAGCCCGUGUAUGUCAACAUACCCUUCAGGGCUGGCACAGCUCUGCAGCAAUGGAGCCGUGAUGGGCAGGUCCAGCCAGUGACCCACAACCAGCCAGCAUGGUCCAACAAGCCUGUAGUGGGUCGAAAUCCCCAGGAAAGGGGCAAGAGAGAAGAGGAUGCAGAUGCCAGGGUAGAGCGGAACUCCUCGGCGAGCAAUACCGUCUAUUCCACGCUGACUCCCCCUAGCUCCAGGGCCCAGCAGAGAGGAGAAAAGUACAUCUCGGAGGAUGAGGUGUACAGCGAAAUCCCCUAGUGAUCACAGCCUCUGCCACCGCCCCAUCGCCGUCCCACCCCACGCUGAGAACACCUCGCACAAUGCCCCAUCCCCCCAACCUUCCCUUCCCUGCAAACCCGCUAAUGGCCACAAACUUCUUCCUGGUGUACUAUGAAUGUAAGGGAGUGGGGGGCUGGCAGCCAGGACUCCUGGGUCCUAUUGCAGCUCUAGGAGGAGAUUGGGGUUAAUGGGUUAGAGCAGGGGGUGGGGCUGGGAGCCAGGCUCUGUGAAGGGAGUAGGUUAGAGCAGGGAGAGCAGUAAUUCCUAACACUUGGGUUAUUUUCAGCAUACAGGUUAGAGGAGGGAGUUUGGGUUUUAAUCUGUCAAAGACAAGAGUUUGCAGAAUUAUUUGAAAUAGUCCAGAAGGGCCCCUACCCCUACAUCUGUUCCAAUGAACAUUGCGCCCUUUUGUUGUGGGAAACCUUCUCUUACAAUGGGACCCCCUGGAUAUUAUUACUCCUGUUCCUUUGCCGUGGAGUUCUGGGUCUGUGUUUUCAAAAAUCCUUUAAACAAAAUGAAAUCACAUUGGUUUUCAUUAGGGGUUAGAUAGGGGACUGGCCUCGACACACACAGAUCUCAUCCCCUCCAGUAGGGGGCAGAAGGGAGGGACACACAUACACACACAGACACACAGCUGGGAUACAUUAAUCAAACCACUGAAAUGCAGCCAGCUCUGGGGUGAGGACUGACCACUCUUUAACACAGUUAGCGCUACCCCUCCAAAGGGAUCUUCACCCGGGGCUGAAAUGCAGCCACUUCUGGGGGAUGGAUUGACAGCAGUUUAGCAGCAUCAGAGCAAAUACUGCAGAAGGGCAUCUCUCCCCCAGCACCAAAAUGUAACCACUUCUAGGGUUGACCAUGGCAGCUCUUGAAGAGCUGUUCGGGAGAUGGGGUUGUGACGUUCCCCUGGUGUUAUCUAGACCGGUGAUGUGCUAGGUCACUCCAAUCCCUGAC